UAUUCGUUCUACUUUUACAUUGUGGGAUUAUUAAAACCGUUUAAUGGCGGCAACGAAUAGUCUGAUUCAAAAGAUAGGGAAAGCAGUGAAGGCGGUGGCCGAAAGCAAAAGCUCAGAAUGGUGGUACAGUCCGCACAUGGCCGCCGCCUCACGCGCCGUCGCCGAGCGGAUCCCACUAGUCGAUCUUGUACUUGAAGUCAGAGAUGCCAGGAUUCCGCUGUCAUCAGAAUAUUUGCAAUUGAGAAAACAUUCAUCUUCUUCGAGGCGAAUCAUCGUGCUGAAUAAGAUGGAUCUUGCUAAUCGCACCCAAACGAAGGAAUGGGUGAGGUUUUUUGAGGGGCAAAAAUGCAUGGCUUUCGGAGUAAAUUCACAUAACAGAGAGAAUAUAAAAGAGUUCCUGAAUUUCAUACAAGCCAGAGUCCGAGAAUUGAAGAAAAAUGACGAUUCUGCACAUGCGAUAUCAUUAAUGCUAGUUGGUAUUCCUAAUGUUGGCAAAUCGGCAUUAGCCAACUCUUUGCAUCAGAUAGGAAGGAUUGCUGCAGCAGAGAAAGGAAAGUUAAAACAUUCUGUCGUGAGUGCACAGCCAGGGGACACGAAAAGUAUAAGCAGCUUAAAGAUUGCUAGCCAUCCGAAUAUAUACGUCUUAGACACUCCAGGUGUAUUGCCUCCUGAUGUCAGCGAUGAUCACGUCUGCUCCAAGCUUGCUUUAACAGGAGCAAUCAAAGAUACUGUAGUCGGUGAAAUCGAACUUGCUCGAUAUUUUCUUUCGAUUUUGAACUUGAGUGACGAAUACAAGCCAUGGGGAAAGUUACCUCGUGUCGAAACUGUCGGCGAAGUAUUAACUAAUAAUGAAGGUACUUCCGGUCCGAACAAAAGACGAAACAAACAAUAUCCAAGUGAUCACACUCAGGAUUUCGUAGUCAACAAUGUUCGACGAACACUUUUUGAUGCAGUUUCUUCUUUUGCGGGUUGUUUGGAAAACGGAGAAGAUUUUGCACGACUAAUCGAAGAAGAAUUAGAGGUUCUGUUAAAAGCUUUUCAUAUUCGUUUAGAAUCGGAAGAAUGUAAAUAUUGUAGAGUAAGUCGAAAGUUGCUUAAUCUGUAUCGUACAGGAAGGCUUGGCCAUUACACUUUAGACCCUGUUCCACAAUAAUUUUGAAAGCCAUUCAUUCUGGUUUGAACAUGGAAUUCUUCUAAUUGAUUGUU